UCGAUUAGUAUCGCGAGUACUCUCGAAGUAUCCAGCAUGAGUUGUGAAUUGUGUCAAAGGCAGUGGGAACGCUUCCUGGAUGCCUACGAUCCUAAUCCACACGUGUGGUGGACCAUCGGAACAAUAAUCUACACGACCGUAGUGGCGGCAAUUAUAUCUGGAUCGUUCAUGCUCAUGGACAUAACCGGCGCUCCGAAAAGAUUGCGAAAAUAUAAGCUACAACCGGGAACCAAUGAGCCACUCACCUGGGCUCAGCUGAGGAAGUUGCUCAAGACCGCAUUCGUCAACAUGAUCCUGGUGGGAACUCCAACCUUGACUGUGUUUCACGCAACAACCGUUGCGUUAGGACGCACUGCAGAUUUCAGAACACUACCCUCCUUGCUGGAGAUACUGUACACGAUUCCAAUCGGUAUGGUGUCAUCCGAGAUUGUAUUCUACUACAGCCACCGAUUGUUACAUUCAAAGUUGCUGUACAAAACCGUCCACAAGAAACACCACGAAUGGACCGCUCCGGUAUCAUUGGCCGCCGUCUACGCGCACCCGCUAGAGCACAUCGUAAGCAAUAUGGCACCGUUCUACGCGCCAGUCAUGCUGGUCAAGACGCAUCUGCUAACGGCAUGGAUUUGGGUAACGAUAGUGUUGAUGGGAACCCUGCACGAUCACUCCGGGUAUCAUUUGCCGUACCUAUGGGGCACGCCGGACUUCCACGAUUUUCAUCACCAGAAGUAA